AUGUGCCCCCCUCCAUAUGGCUGGGGACCGGGGAGGCUUGGCUGCUGGGAGCCCCCCGGGUGGUCCUGGGUGGGUGCUGUGGAAGGAAGAGCGCACCCGCCGCCGGGAGACUUCAUCGCGCUGGGCUCCAAGGGGCAGAGCGGCGAAGGCAAAGCCGCCGUCACCCUGCUGAAGCCGGCUCCUCCCGGGCUGCCCUCCGAGCGCAAGCGGGAGGCGGCUGCCGCCUUGGCGGGGCCGGCGGGGCUGCCCGGCCUGACCAAACGCCCCAAGCUCUCCUCCACACCCCCCCUCAGCGCCCUGGGACGGCUGGCAGAGGCCGCCGUGGCGGAGAAGCGAGCCAUUUCACCCUCCAUCAAGGAGCCGUCUGUCAUCCCCAUCGAAGUUGUCCCCACGGUGCUGCUGGAUGAGAUUGAGGCAGCAGAGGCAGAAGGUAACGACGACCGUAUCGAGGGGGUGCUGUGCGGAGCCGCAAAGCAGCUGAAGAUGAACAGAGCCAAACCCGACACCACGCUCUACCUGAGCCUCAUGUACCUGGCAAAAAUCAAACCCAACAUAUUUGCCACUGAAGGGGUUAUCGAGGCGCUGUGCAGCCUGCUGCGGAGAGAUGCCUCCAUCAAUUUCAAAGCCAAAGGGAACAGCCUGGUGUCUGUCCUGGCCUGCAACCUUCUCAUGGCAGCUUACGAAGAGGAUGAGAACUGGCCAGAGAUCUUUGUCAAGGUUUACAUUGAGGACUCCCUCGGGGAGCGCAUCUGGGUGGACAGCCCUCACUGCAAGACGUUUGUGGAUAACAUCCAGACAGCUUUUAACACAAAGAUGCCUCCUAAGAGCAUGCUCCUGCAUGGGGAGGUUGGACGCAGCGGAGGGGACCUUAGUGCUGGGAGUAGCCCACACCCCUCCAUGACAGAGGAGGAAGACAGCCAGAGUGAGCUGCUGAUUGCAGAGGAGAAGAUGAGCCCAGAGCAGGAGGGCCAGCUCAUGCCCAGGUAUGAUGACCUCGUGGAGAGUGUGGAGGAAUAUGUCCUAGACAUGCUGCGGGACCAACUCAACCGGCGCCAGCCGAUGGACAAUGUCUCCAGGAACCUCCUUCGACUGCUGACAGCAACCUGUGGCUACAAGGAGGUGAGGCAGAUGGCUGUGCAGAGGCUGGAGAUGUGGCUGCAGAAUCCAAAGUUGACCAAGCCAGCUCAGGACUUGCUGAUGUCAGUCUGUAUGAACUGCAACACCCACAGCUCAGAGGACAUGGAAGUUAUUUCCAACCUGAUCAAAAUUCGUCUCAAGCCAAAAGUCCUUCUCAACCACUACAUGCUGUGUAUCAGAGAGCUGCUGAACGCGCACAGGGAUAACCUGGGCACCACAAUUAAGUUUGUGAUUUUCAACGAGCUAUCAAAUGCCAGAAAUCCCAACAACAUGCAGAUCCUGUAUACUGUGCUUCAGCACAGCUCCGAGCAAGCUCCGAAGUACCUAGCGAUGGUGUUCCAGGAUCUUUUGACCACGAAGGACGAUUACCUGCGGGCGUCUCGGGCUCUGCUGCGAGAGAUCAUAAAGCAGACAAAACAUGAGAUCAACUUCCAGGCCUUCUGUCUGGGCCUUAUGCAGGAGCGGAAGGAGGCCCAGUACGUGGAAAUGGAGUUCAAGGAGCGGUUUGUCAUCCACAUAACUGAUCUGCUCGCUGUCUCCAUGAUGCUUGGUAUCACAGCCCAGGUGAAGGAGGCUGGAAUUGCUUGGGACAAAGGAGAGAAAAAGAACCUGGAAGUGCUACGCUCUUUCCAGAACCAAAUUGCUGCUAUCCAACGAGACGCUGUCUGGUGGCUUCACACGGUGGUUCCAUCUAUCAGCAAGCUGGCUCCAAAGGACUAUGUGCACUGCCUCCACAAGGUGCUCUUCACAGAGCAGCCAGAAACCUACUACAAAUGGGACAACUGGCCCCCUGAGAGUGACCGCAACUUCUUCCUUCGCCUCUGCUCCGAGGUGCCCAUCCUUGAAGACACCCUGAUGCGGAUCCUGGUGAUCGGUUUGUCGCGGGACCUCCCUCUUGGCCCUGCUGAUGCCAUGGAGCUCGCAGACCACCUGGUGAAGCGGGCUGCGGCUGUGCAAGCAGAUGAUGUCGAGGUCCUGAGGGUAGAAAGAAUCCAGCUGAUCGAUGCUGUCUUAAAUCUGUGCACUUACCACCAUCCAGAGAAUAUCCAGCUACCCCCAGGGUACCAGCCUCCAAAUCUAGCUAUUUCUACCCUCUACUGGAAAGCCUGGCCUCUCCUGCUUGUAGUGGCUGCAUUCAAUCCUGAAAACAUUGGUCUGGCUGCAUGGGAGGAGUACCCUUCUCUGAAGAUGCUCAUGGAAAUGGUCAUGACCAAUAAUUAUUCCUACCCUCAAUGUACCUUGACGGAUGAGGAGACGCGCACAGAGAUGAUUAAUCGUGAACUUCAAAUCUCCCAGAGAGAAAAACAGGAGAUCCUUGCAUUUGAGGGUCAUCUGGCUGCUGCUUCCACCAAACAAACAAUUACCGAGAGCAGCAGCCUCUUGCUGUCCCAGCUGACGAGUCUGGACCCUCAGGGCCCCCCCCGCAGACCUCCCCCACAUGUCCUGGAGCAGGUGAAAAGCCUGAACCAGUCACUUCGCUUGGGCCACCUCCUCUGUCGCAGUCGUCAUCCUGACUUCCUUCUCAACAUCAUUCAAAGGCAGGCCUCAUCGCAGUCAAUGCCAUGGUUGGCAGACCUGGUUCAGUCCAGCGAGGGCUCCUUGGAUGUCCUACCUGUGCAGUGCCUUUGUGAGUUCCUGCUUCACGAUGCUGCUGAUGAGUCGACCUCAGGUGAGGAAGAGGAGGAGGGCGAGAGUAAGGAGCAGCGUGCCAAGAAACGCCAGAGACAACAGAAACAAAGGCAGUUGCUUGGCCGGUUGCAAGACUUGCUCUUGGGUCCCAAAGCAGAUGAACAGACAACCUGCGAGGUGCUUGACUAUUUCCUACGCCGCCUGAGUUCCUCCCAGGUGGCCUCACGGGUCUUGGCAAUGAAGGGCCUGUCCCUGGUGCUGUCGGAAGGGGGACUGCGUGAUGGAGAGGAGAAGGACCACCCCAUGGAGGAGGACUCUGGGGAUUCUGAACUGCUGCAGGGAUACCAGUGGCUGCUGAGAGACCUCCCGAGGCUCCCGCUCUUCGACAGCGUCAGAGCAACCACAGCUCUUGCCUUGCAACAGGCCAUCCACAUGGAGACAGAUCCCCAGACCAUCAGUGCUUACCUGGUGUACCUCUCCCAGCACGCCCCAGUGGAGGAGCAGGGACAGCACAAUGACCUUGCUCUGGAUGUAGCCCGACUCAUUGUGGAACGUUCUACCAUCAUGUCCCACCUCUUCUCCAAGCUCUCCUACAGUGCUGAGUCAGAUGCUGUGCUUGUUGCUCUUCUCUCCAUCUUCUCUCGCUACAUCAAGCGCAUGCGGCAGAGCAAGGAGGGCGAGGAGGUGUACAGCUGGUCAGAGUCCCAGGAUCAGGUGUUCCUUCGUUGGACUAGUGGGGAAACAGCCACUAUGCACAUCCUUGUGGUUCAUGCCAUGGUUAUUCUCCUGACGUUAGGGCCACCUCAAGGGGAUGGUGAUUUUUAUACCUUACUGGAUAUAUGGUUUCCGGAGAAAAAGCCGCUUCCUACCGCGUUUCUGGUCGACACCUCGGAGGAGGCUCUGCUGCUCCCUGACUGGCUGAAGCUGCGCAUGAUCCGCUCCGAGGUCCCACGUCUUGUGGAUGCAGCCCUGCAGGACCUGGAGCCACAGCAGCUGCUUCUCUUUGUUCAAUCCUUUGGAAUCCCAGUCUCCAGCAUGAGCAAACUGCUGCAGUACCUGGACCAGGCCGUGUCUCAUGACCCGCAGACGCUGGAGCAGAACAUCAUGGACAAGAACUACAUGGCUCACCUCGUGGAGGUUCAACAUGAGAGAGGAGCGACGGGAGGCCAGACUUUCCACUCCCUGCUCACUGCCUCCUUGCCAGCCCGCCGAGACAGCGCUGAGGCUGCCAGGUCAAAAUCUAGUCCUGAGAACUCCCAAGGCCAGAGCCGGAUCCGGGCCUUGAGCCAGGUCCGGGUGCUGGGCCCAGAAGAUGAUCUAGCAGGCAUCUUUCUGCAGCUCUUCCCCCUCAAUCCGGACCCGCGAUGGCAGAACUCGAACCUGCGCCCGCUCGCGCUGGCGUUGCAGCAGGCCCUGGGGCAGGAACUGGCUCGUGUCCGGCAGGGGAACGCGCCGGUGACCGGGAUCACGGUGACCGGGAUCACGGGGCGACUCCUCCAGGCGGUGGCCGCGCUGAUGAACUCACCACACAGCGGGGCCUUGGUGAUGGCCAUGCACCGCCACCACUUCAUCUCCUGCCCCCUCAUGCGCCAGCUCUACCAGUAUCAGCCAUCCCGUGGCACUGGGUAUGAUGACCUCGUGGAGAGUGUGGAGGAAUAUGUCCUAGACAUGCUGCGGGACCAACUCAACCGGCGCCAGCCGAUGGACAAUGUCUCCAGGAACCUCCUUCGACUGCUGACAGCAACCUGUGGCUACAAGGAGGUGAGGCAGAUGGCUGUGCAGAGGCUGGAGAUGUGGCUGCAGAAUCCAAAGUUGACCAAGCCAGCUCAGGACUUGCUGAUGUCAGUCUGUAUGAACUGCAACACCCACAGCUCAGAGGACAUGGAAGUUAUUUCCAACCUGAUCAAAAUUCGUCUCAAGCCAAAAGUCCUUCUCAACCACUACAUGCUGUGUAUCAGAGAGCUGCUGAACGCGCACAGGGAUAACCUGGGCACCACAAUUAAGUUUGUGAUUUUCAACGAGCUAUCAAAUGCCAGAAAUCCCAACAACAUGCAGAUCCUGUAUACUGUGCUUCAGCACAGCUCCGAGCAAGCUCCGAAGUACCUAGCAAUGGUGUUCCAGGAUCUUUUGACCACGAAGGACGAUUACCUGCGGGCGUCUCGGGCUCUGCUGCGAGAGAUCAUAAAGCAGACAAAGCAUGAGAUCAACUUCCAGGCCUUCUGUCUGGGCCUUAUGCAGGAGCGGAAGGAGGCCCAGUACGUGGAAAUGGAGUUCAAGGAGCGGUUUGUCAUCCACAUAACUGAUCUGCUCGCUGUCUCCAUGAUGCUUGGUAUCACAGCCCAGGUGAAGGAGGCUGGAAUUGCUUGGGACAAAGGAGAGAAAAAGAACCUGGAAGUGCUACGCUCUUUCCAGAACCAAAUUGCUGCUAUCCAACGAGACGCUGUCUGGUGGCUUCACACGGUGGUUCCAUCUAUCAGCAAGCUGGCUCCAAAGGACUAUGUGCACUGCCUCCACAAGGUGCUCUUCACAGAGCAGCCAGAAACCUACUACAAAUGGGACAACUGGCCCCCUGAGAGUGACCGCAACUUCUUCCUUCGCCUCUGCUCCGAGGUGCCCAUCCUUGAAGACACCCUGAUGCGGAUCCUGGUGAUCGGUUUGUCGCGGGACCUCCCUCUUGGCCCUGCUGAUGCCAUGGAGCUCGCAGACCACCUGGUGAAGCGGGCUGCGGCUGUGCAAGCAGAUGAUGUCGAGGUCCUGAGGGUAGAAAGAAUCCAGCUGAUUGAUGCUGUCUUAAAUCUGUGCACUUACCACCAUCCAGAGAAUAUCCAGCUACCCCCAGGGUACCAGCCUCCAAAUCUAGCUAUUUCUACCCUCUACUGGAAAGCCUGGCCUCUCCUGCUUGUAGUGGCUGCAUUCAAUCCUGAAAACAUUGGUCUGGCUGCAUGGGAGGAGUACCCUUCUCUGAAGAUGCUCAUGGAAAUGGUCAUGACCAAUAAUUAUUCCUACCCUCAAUGUACCUUGACGGAUGAGGAGACGCGCACAGAGAUGAUUAAUCGUGAACUUCAAAUCUCCCAGAGAGAAAAACAGGAGAUCCUUGCAUUUGAGGGUCAUCUGGCUGCUGCUUCCACCAAACAAACAAUUACCGAGAGCAGCAGCCUCUUGCUGUCCCAGCUGACGAGUCUGGACCCUCAGGGCCCCCCCCGCAGACCUCCCCCACAUGUCCUGGAGCAGGUGAAAAGCCUGAACCAGUCACUUCGCUUGGGCCACCUCCUCUGUCGCAGUCGUCAUCCUGACUUCCUUCUCAACAUCAUUCAAAGGCAGGCCUCAUCGCAGUCAAUGCCAUGGUUGGCAGACCUGGUUCAGUCCAGCGAGGGCUCCUUGGAUGUCCUACCUGUGCAGUGCCUUUGUGAGUUCCUGCUUCACGAUGCUGCUGAUGAGUCGACCUCAGGUGAGGAAGAGGAGGAGGGCGAGAGUAAGGAGCAGCGUGCCAAGAAACGCCAGAGACAACAGAAACAAAGGCAGUUGCUUGGCCGGUUGCAAGACUUGCUCUUGGGUCCCAAAGCAGAUGAACAGACAACCUGCGAGGUGCUUGACUAUUUCCUACGCCGCCUGAGUUCCUCCCAGGUGGCCUCACGGGUCUUGGCAAUGAAGGGCCUGUCCCUGGUGCUGUCGGAAGGGGGACUGCGUGAUGGAGAGGAGAAGGACCACCCCAUGGAGGAGGACUCUGGGGAUUCUGAACUGCUGCAGGGAUACCAGUGGCUGCUGAGAGACCUCCCGAGGCUCCCGCUCUUCGACAGCGUCAGAGCAACCACAGCUCUUGCCUUGCAACAGGCCAUCCACAUGGAGACAGAUCCCCAGACCAUCAGUGCUUACCUGGUGUACCUCUCCCAGCACGCCCCAGUGGAGGAGCAGGGACAGCACAAUGACCUUGCUCUGGAUGUAGCCCGACUCAUUGUGGAACGUUCUACCAUCAUGUCCCACCUCUUCUCCAAGCUCUCCUACAGUGCUGAGUCAGAUGCUGUGCUUGUUGCUCUUCUCUCCAUCUUCUCUCGCUACAUCAAGCGCAUGCGGCAGAGCAAGGAGGGCGAGGAGGUGUACAGCUGGUCAGAGUCCCAGGAUCAGGUGUUCCUUCGUUGGACUAGUGGGGAAACAGCCACUAUGCACAUCCUUGUGGUUCAUGCCAUGGUUAUUCUCCUGACGUUAGGGCCACCUCAAGGGGAUGGUGAUUUUUAUACCUUACUGGAUAUAUGGUUUCCGGAGAAAAAGCCGCUUCCUACCGCGUUUCUGGUCGACACCUCGGAGGAGGCUCUGCUGCUCCCUGACUGGCUGAAGCUGCGCAUGAUCCGCUCCGAGGUCCCACGUCUUGUGGAUGCAGCCCUGCAGGACCUGGAGCCGCAGCAGCUGCUUCUCUUUGUUCAAUCCUUUGGAAUCCCAGUCUCCAGCAUGAGCAAACUGCUGCAGUACCUGGACCAGGCCGUGUCUCAUGACCCGCAGACGCUGGAGCAGAACAUCAUGGACAAGAACUACAUGGCUCACCUCGUGGAGGUUCAACAUGAGAGAGGAGCAACGGGAGGCCAGACUUUCCACUCCCUGCUCACUGCCUCCUUGCCAGCCCGCCGAGACAGCGCUGAGGCUGCCAGGUCAAAAUCUAGUCCUGAGAACUCCCAAGGCCAGAGCCGGAUCCGGGCCUUGAGCCAGGUCCGGGUGCUGGGCCCAGAAGAUGAUCUAGCAGGCAUCUUUCUGCAGCUCUUCCCCCUCAAUCCGGACCCGCGAUGGCAGAACUCGAACCUGCGCCCGCUCGCGCUGGCGUUGCAGCAGGCCCUGGGGCAGGAACUGGCUCGUGUCCGGCAGGGGAACGCGCCGGUGACCGGGAUCACGGUGACCGGGAUCACGGGGCGACUCCUCCAGGCGGUGGCCGCGCUGAUGAACUCACCACACAGCGGGGCCUUGGUGAUGGCCAUGCACCGCCACCACUUCAUCUCCUGCCCCCUCAUGCGCCAGCUCUACCAGUAUCAGCGCUGCGUGCCACAAGACACUGCCUUCUCCUCGCUCUUCUUCAAAGUCCUCAUGCAGAUGCUGCAGUGGUUGGAGAACCCUGCAGUGGAAGAAGGUCCUCUGCGUGCUCAGCUGAAGGCCUUUGCUGUGCAGUACUCCUCCAGGCACAGGAUCAGUGACGUUCGAGGUGGCUUCUUGCACCUCACAGAAGCUCUGACUUUCCGUCGUGACCCUGACUUGAUCAGCUCCACGGUACGUGCCAUCAUUGCAACCCUGAAAUCGGGGGAGAAGUGUAACGUGGAGCCAGAGCUCAUCAGCAAAGUCCUUCAAGGUCUGAUGGAAACUCACUCGCCAUACUUGGAGGAACUCCUGACUGUCCUCUUCUCGGCUACUGUUGAGACCACUGCCAGGUUUCCUGCCAUGAAACCCAUUGCUGUGGUGAGCUCCUUGCUGCUCCAGGACAAAGAAGAAACACCAGUGAAGAAGGAGCUGGACAGUUGCAGUACGGAAGCACCUUGGUUAGGGCCCUCCUCUGGCCUCCUUAACGACUGGCUGGAGAUGCUGGACCCAGAGGUCAUCAGCAGCUGCCCUGACCUGCAGCAGAAACUACUGUUCUCCUGGAACAAAGCGGGGUCCCAGGUGCCCUCCUUCCGCCCGUAUCUCUUGGCUCUCCUCACUCACCAGUCCAGCUGGACCACGCUGCACCAGUGCAUCAGGCUUCUGCUUUGCCGAAACCGGGAGCAACGGUUUGACCCCACGGCAUCCUUGGAUUUCUUGUGGGCCUGUAUUCACAUUCCUCGGAUCUGGCAGGGAAGGGACCAAAGAACUCCUCAGAAGCGCCGUGAGGAGUUUGUGCUCCACCUAAAAGCAUCGGAGCUGAUCAGCAUGGUGGAGCUGAUCCUGGCUGAAGCAGAAACCAGAUACCAGAGCACAGAAGAGGCCUCCUGCACACUCAUCCAGUCCCGGCUGCCUUUGUUGCUCAGUUGUUCUCAUGGGGACCUUGAGAGCAUCAAAAAAGUAACGGAGUAUCUGACCAGCUGCAUCCAGCAGUGGGGGAGCAGCUCUGUGGGAAAAUGCUGCCAGGACCUUCUGCUUCAGAUCUACCUGCAGCUCCCCGAGCUCCUCGUGCCUAUGCCUGAGAUGCUUCUCACCAGUGAAGGAGCCAGAGACAGCAGCACUUGCAAGCUCGAUGCCCUGGUUCACAGAUUCAUUAACCUUCUGGCAGACACCAGUGACUCCAAGUCAUCUGAAAGCCGUGUGUGGGACGCCAACAUGGCCUGCAGGAAGCUCGCUGUGGCCCAUCCCAUCCUGCUUCUUAGGCACUUGCCAAUGAUUGCGGCUCUGCUGCAUGGCCGUGUUCACCUCAAUUUCCAGGAGUUCAGGCAGCAGAACCACUUGACCUUCUUCAUCCACGUCCUGGGCAUCCUGGAGCUGCUCCAGCCGCAGGUCUUCCAGAACGAGCACCAGGCGGCACUAUGGGACUGUCUCCUGUCCUUCAUCCGGCUGCUGCUGAACUACAGAAAAUCCUCACGGCACCUGGCCGCCUUCAUCAGCAAGUUUGUCCAGUUUAUCCACAAGUACAUCACCUGCAACGCCCAGGCAGCUGUCUCCUUCUUGCAGAAGCACUCGGAUCCACUCCAUGACCUCUCAUCAGACAACAGUGACCUAGCAAUGUUGAAGUCCCUCCUGGCUGGGCUGAGCCUCCCUAGUAAGAGCGGUGUCUUGGACAGAGGCUCCGAUGAGGAGAAGGAUGAUGAAGCAGCAGCUGGCUCUCUCCCCCUCGUCAGUGUGUCUCUCUUCACCCCUCUCACGCCAGCAGAAAUGGCCCCAUAUAUGAAGAGGCUCUCUAGGGGCCAAACGGUUGAGGACAUCCUGGAGGUGCUGACAGACAUUGAUGAGAUGUCCAGACGGAGGCCAGAAAUUCUCGCUUUUUUUGCUACAAACCUGCAGAAGCUGAUGAGCUCAUCGGAGGAGUCCUGCCGAAAUCUGGCCUUCAGCCUGGCUUUGCGCUCCAUUCAGAACAACCCCAGCAUUGCUGCAGACUUCCUCCCCACCUUCAUGUACUGCCUUGGCAGCCGAGACUUUGAGGUGGUGCAGACAGCGCUGAGGAACCUGCCUGAAUACACCCUCCUUUGCCAAGAGCACGCAGCAGUGUUACUGCACAGGGCCUUCCUGGUGGGCAUGUACGGCCAGAUCGACACCAGCUCCCAGAUCUCAGAAGCUUUGAAGGUUCUGCACAUGGAGGCCAUGAUAUGAACGGGUGGUUCUGGGAGCUCUGCUUCCAGAGGAAUUAACUGAACUGGACUCAUCGGCUGCAUCGGAGACAGCGUUUCAACCCGUGUGCUGGAGGAUCAAAGAGGUGAUGGAGGAGGCUGGACUGUGGAAGGAGGAAAAAAAGACUGGUGGAAGAGGAGAGUGUGCUGGCUGAAGAUGAGAAAGGGGACAGGAUCCAUCUCUCUGGCUUAAGAUGCCAUUAUUGUGGGAGAAAGAUCUCCUGAACGUUGUGCCAAACAGGGACCACUUCCUUCACAGGGUCUUAAGGCAGUGGCUGAUGGUUUGUUGAUACAGUUUUGUCUCUCCGAGAAGAGCAGAGCUGCUGGGAGAGCAGAAGGGAUCGCUGGCCCUUGCAGGGGAAGUCUCUGCUCUCUCUGUGUUGGAGGGAAUGUGCAGAUCUGUGCAGGGGGAGACACCACCCUGUUUUCUGGGGGUGGCUGUUUGUGGGUUUUUUUCUUUUUUAAUUAAAAUGCUCUUUGUUUCCA